UCUGUCGGCAACAAAAGAAAACUGAUUGGGAAAAUGAAGAACUUCUGGAAAAUUCCAGUUUUCUUCUUUGCAUGCAGUUUCCUCGGACACUGGGCAUCUGCAACUGUCAAGCGCCGCCCAAGGUUUCCUGUCAAUUCAGAUUCUAAUGGUGAAAAUGAAUUGUGUCCGAAAAUCAGGAUUGGGCAAGAUGAUUUACCAGGGUUUGACUUGAUUUCUCAGUUCCAGGUAGAUAAAGCAGCAUCCAGAAGAGCUAUCCAAAGAGUUGUGGGAUCGACUCCAUUACAAGUGGCUUACAAACUGGGAAAUAAUGUAGACUUCAGGAUUCCAACCAGGCAUUUAUAUCCCAGUGGGCUGCCUGAAGAAUACUCCUUUUUAACUACUUUUCGGAUGACUGGAAGCACACUUGAAAAGAACUGGAGCAUUUGGCAGAUUCAGGAUUCCUCAGGGAAGGAGCAAGUUGGCGUGAAGAUUAAUGGCCAAACAAAAUCUGUUGCAUUUUCAUACAAAGGACUGGAUGGAAGUCUCCAAACCGCAGCCUUUUCAAAUUUGCCCUCCUUGUUUAAUUCCCAGUGGCAUAAGAUUAUGAUUGGUGUGGAAAGGAGUAGUGCUACUCUUUUUGUUGACUGCAACAGGAUUGAAUCCUUACCUAUAAAGCCAAGAGGCCAAAUCAGUGUCGAUGGUUUUGCAGUGCUGGGAAAACUUGCAGAUAAUCCUCAAGUUUCUGUUCCGUUUGAACUUCAAUGGAUGCUGAUACAUUGUGACCCACUGCGACCCAGCAGAGAAACUUGCCAUGAGCUUCCACCCAGGAUAACGCCCAGCCAGAUCCCUGACCAGCGAGGUCCCCCUGGCGAGCAGGGUCCUCCCGGGCCUCCCGGUCCCCCUGGAGUUCCAGGCAUCGAUGGCAUCGACGGUGACCGAGGUCCAAAGGGUCCCCCGGGACCUCCGGGUCCUGUUGGAGAACCGGGAAAGCCAGGAGCUCCGGGCAAGCCUGGCACGCCAGGUGCUGAUGGAUUAACUGGACCUGAUGGAUCCCCUGGCUCUGUUGGACCAAGAGGACUAAAAGGAGAACCUGGUGUCCCGGGAUCUCGUGGAUUUCCAGGCCGUGGUAUUCCUGGACCUCCUGGUCCUCCUGGGUCAGCAGGUCUCCCUGGAGAGCUUGGCCGUGUUGGACCAAUUGGUGACCCUGGGAGAAGAGGACCACCUGGACCUCCUGGCCCCCCGGGACCCAGUGGAACAAUUGGCUUUCAUGAUGGAGAUCCAUUGUGUCCCAAUUCCUGUCCACCAGGUCGCUCAGGAUAUCCAGGCAUACCAGGCAUGAGGGGUCAUAAAGGGCCUAAAGGAGAAAUUGGUGAACCUGGAAGACAAGGGCACAAGGGUGAAGAAGGUGAACAGGGAGAACCAGGAGAAGUGGGAGCUUCAGGACCUCCGGGAGCUCAAGGAUUGAGAGGCAUCACCGGCAUAAUUGGGGCCAAAGGGGAAAAAGGUGCUCGGGGCUUAGAUGGAGAACCUGGGCCUCGAGGCAUCCCUGGUGCACCUGGUGAUCAAGGACAGCGAGGACCUCCAGGAGAAGCAGGUCCCAAGGGAGAUAGAGGAGCUCAAGGUCCUAGAGGAAUUCCUGGCGUCCCUGGGUCCAAAGGAGAUACGGGCUUGCCAGGUGUGGAUGGCCAUGACGGGAUACCUGGAAUACCUGGAACAAAGGGUGACCCAGGGAAACCUGGACCUCCUGGUGAUGCAGGAUUGCAGGGGUUUCCUGGUGUGCCUGGAAUUCCUGGUGCAAAGGGUGUUGCUGGUGAAAAGGGUAACACAGGUGCUCCUGGGAAGCCUGGUCAACUGGGGAAUUCAGGCAAACCGGGCCAACAGGGGCCACCAGGAGAGGUUGGACCACCAGGACCCCGGGGACAUCCUGGCAGUAGAGGAGAAACAGGACCAGAAGGAGCCCCAGGCAUACCAGGUAAACUGGGUCCUAUUGGUAACCCUGGCUUCAAUGGCUUGCCUGGCCCCCCUGGACUUCCUGGAAUGAAAGGUGACAGGGGAGUAGUCGGUGAACCUGGUCCAAAGGGUGAACAGGGUCCCCCUGGUGAAGAAGGUGAAGCAGGAGAAAGGGGUGAAUUUGGAGACAUGGGAUUACAGGGCCAAAAGGGAGCUGUGGGCAACCCUGGCGAUCCAGGCUUGAGGGGGCCUGAAGGAGGUCGGGGUCUUCCUGGAGUGGAAGGACCAAAAGGACCGCCUGGACCACGAGGCGUGCAGGGAGAACAGGGUGUCACCGGCCUGCCUGGUAUCGAGGGCCCUCCAGGGAGAGCUCCAACAGACCAGUACAUUAAGCAGGUUUGCAUGAGAGUCUUGCAAGAACAUCUUGCUGAGAUGGCUGCUAGUCUCAAGCGUCCAGACACGGGAGCUUCCGGUCUCCCUGGGAAACCUGGACUACCUGGUCCCCCAGGACCCCCUGGACAGAACGGUUUCCCAGGCCACAUAGGACUUCGUGGCCUCCCAGGGAUUAAAGGUCCCCCUGGUGCUCUUGGUUUGAGGGGACCUAAAGGUGACUUGGGAGAAAGGGGAGAACGUGGCCCUCCAGGAAGAGGUCCCAAAGGUUUGCCCGGAGCGAUAGGUCUCCCAGGUGAGCCAGGUGCUGCCGUCUUUGGGAAGAACGGCCGGGAUGGUGAGCGAGGCCGUCCAGGGGUGGCAGGAAUUCCUGGUGUGCCCGGCCCCCCUGGUCCUGCGGGCCCUGCUGGUUUCUGCGAGCCAGCCGCCUGCACCGUGCAUCCUGGUCAACGAGCCUUAGGCAAAGGGCCAACUAAGUGAAAGGCUUAGUGCUGCUUGGCCGUCCCACGAACCAUGGCUGGAAAAGGAGCUUGGUGGAGAAACACUACCCAAAGCCUGGGCAAGAGAGGACAGCACACUACCUUCAACAUUAUACAGAAGUCCUACCGGAUGAUCAGAUUUAAAACGAUGGUGCUAUUCAAUAAAUCCUCUUUCUUUUCCCUUGGAGGGGAGACAGCAGAGUCAUUGGUUAAAAAACAAAACAAAAAAAAACCCCUUUAAAUUUAUAAUCCUGUUCCUAGGACCUUGAACUUCAGUGUGCUAUACAUAUGUGAUAUAUUGUGGGCCACUGUGCCAAUAAACAAAAACAACUAUUUGGUGUACCUCAGUUGCAGUAGUUAUUUUCAUUUUUUAUUUAGAUGUUGCUCUCAGAUUAUUGUUUAGCUACUUAGAGGGUUACAGACUAAUUAUGAAGAAACCCCACUACAGUCAGUAGAACUGGUGCUUAAAAUCCCCAUUGAUGUGCUGUCUCGGGAAUGGCAAGAAAGCUCUGUGCCACGGAGAAUGAUACCCGUACAGCACACGUUGGGUUUCACAGUCAGCCUGAAUUUUUGUUGAACUGUACUGUAUCCCAAACCUAUAAACAUUUUGAGUUCUUCUAUGUGAAAGCAAAGAAGGAAUUUUACUAUCUUGCCAUUCGUAAGAUUUGUUGAUGAGAUUAUUUAUUUUAAAAGUUUGAGGUAACAUCUCUGGUUGUACCAAAGAAGAAAUAAAUAUGGUUUCUUAAUCUCUUGCAUGUUUUCUUGUAAAUAAUCAUGGUCAAUAAAAAGAAGUCACUGAACUUAUUUAGAUACAUUAAAACAUUUACAUUAUUGGUAUUUUUAUAGGCAUAUGUUUAUAAUAUUAGUGCUUUUUUUCUACAGAGAAAUCAAAAGACUUUACUAUUCCCCUGAAGAUGUUACCCAGUGACAGAAAUUCUUUCUAUAUAUGUGUGUGUGUGGUGUAGGGCGGGAAGCUUCAUGGACCUUUUUGAAAGUCUAAUGAAAGUUAUGGACUCAAACCCCAGAAAAAUGCACAAAUGCAUAUGCGCAAACAGUUCGCAGACUACUUCAGAGACUUCAUGGAUCCCCUAAGUCUAGCCUUGCUCGGUUUCUAGGUUAGGAACCGUUGGCUUCAUUUCAACGGUUUGUUAGCUCCUUCCUAUUUAGAACUUCACUGCUGCAAAAGUGGUUUUUGUUUCACCAGUGUUCUUAUACACAUUAUAUAAAGGCAGCUCGGCUCAAACACUGUAUUCUUAUCAGUUAGAUAGGUAUUGCCUGACCACUCAAGCGCUUUAUUACUAUUUACAUACUCACAUUGGCUUGCUGUUUUAUCAACAUCUAUAUACACUAUCGAUCAGACUUAAUAUAUUCAUUUUAUGUUACAGUGCGUAUGAGUGACUUGUCCCAGGGCAUAGCGCAGUGCACAAAACAGUCAAUAUUUUCAGUUAGUUUAUGGAACUCAAUUCUCUUGAGUCAAGGGAGAGUGAGCCCUAAAAGGAUUUCUAACAUCACUUUUUUUUUCUCGUGUGUACAUUCUAUACAUUUAAAAAAUUUAGCCCUAUUUCUUUGGUCAAAUUAAUCAUCAUGUAAUGUGUGUUUGGAGUUUCUUCAAACUGUUUUUGGCAUCUCGUUUGUAUGUCUGGCAUGGAUUGUGCUUAAGGAGAAUGACUCAGCUCAACGUGGCUCCGUAGGU